AUGCCAAAUCUUGUCAACCUCAUCAAAUCAUAUGAAUUCCUCAGUGUCGUUGGGGACUCUUCCAACCAUGAUACAAUCAUCUUAUGCGGAUUCUUGGUAGUCUCAAUUCUCCUAUUGAUAGGAGUACCUGUCUACUGUUCCCUCUCUAAACAUGAAGAUGAUAAGGUAUCAGCAAGCAGUGAAGAGAUAAAGCUUCUGAAGUUUGUAUUCCCAAACAACAAGGAUUCUCAAAAGAAGAUCUUUCAGUACUCAAAUCUCACCAAAAGCAAAAGCUCUUCAUGAAAUGAAGAGAGCACCGAUGGAAAUAAAUCUGGAUCAUUACCUGAAAGCUCGAGUGAAAAGCUGGAUAGACAGUGAGAGAAAUUAUUCGGCCUCCUGGUGCCUGAGAAGGUCAAGAAAACAUAUGACUCCAACUAGGAAAAUCAAUUUUGUAAUUUUCGGGAUUUUGCCUAAAAUUCCGGAAAAUUUUAAUUAUUAAAU